CAGAGAUUUAAUCGGCAAUCUGUUGAGUUCACUUUACAAUCGCUCGAGACUAUUUGUCAGUGACCUUGAUAACGCCCUCGAGUUCGCCAAACACGUACAAAUUUUGCGCUACUUGAUGUCAUGCUCUGAAGUUUCUUGUUGACGUCAGAUUUAUCUUCAAACAGUCCAGAUCAGUAUUUAUAAUCUUACGUUCCAUAUUGGUAAAUUUCUUCAAGGUGGUUGGAUUGGACUAAUGAAAUAAUUAUUUCAUCACAACAAAAUUAACUUUGUUUCUAACUCCACAUCAACGUUCAUAUUUCGGUUGCUUAAUGGAUGUGAAAGUUGGUAAACCGAGAGAAAAGCCUUCAUACUACGGUGGGGAUAAAGUUGACGCUGACGAUGAAGAAUCUCAAAAGCUUUGUAUAAAUGAUUGUCGACAAAAGCAGGCAGCAUUGUACCCUCCCUUUUUGUUUAAAUCAUCGUCGGCACAGUUACUUCUCUCACCUCCAGAUGCAAGUGAACUUCUUGUUAUAACUGGUCAAAGUAGAAUUCAUCUGUAUAUACAGCGAAAUUUGGACGAACUUUCGCUCGAAACAUGUGAAAAUUGCAAUAACUCUAAUCAAUCAGACAUCUCAAAUCCUGUUGAAGUCGAUUUGGCUGUUUGCAAACUAAAUAAUCUUAGUAUUCCAUCGUUUCCUCAAAAUUUGUCUUCUGAAGUUUCAAUAUUCCGGUCUCAUGGACUUCCUUUACUUGUUUGGCCUAAAUCAGCUGAUAAAAUACUCAUUCAAAAGUAUUUAAAUUAUAACUAUCCGGAUUGUGGUCGUUGGUUUAGUGAACUUGAUAAAGUAACCGGCUGGUUAGAACAGAAAUGGAGGCCAUUAACACGAAACUUGGGCAUAGUUAGUAAUGGUGAAAUCAAUAAUAAUGAUGAUAAUUGGAUCAAAUUGGAUAAGAAUAUAUGUAUUCGUGGUCUUCCCUCGGAUUGCGUUGCUGUUACUUAUUUGAAAAAACGUUCAACACAAUAUGAAAAAUAUGCCAGUUUAUUAAAAAGUUACUUUACUCAUCGUCUACAAUUCACACCAGCUUUUCAUCAUAAUCCUAUACAUAGAGAACUUGAAGAACAUUACAAAGAAAGACUCGGUUGUUUAAGUGAAGAUGCUGGUUAUUUUAAUGUUAUUGGAAAUCGUCUCAUUCAAGUGAUUAAUAAAGCUUUAUCAUCUGGUAGACCGUAUUCUCUUAACCCAAUCACUUUCACUUCUUCUAUCAGUGAUUUAAGUAUGAGAGAACAAUGUUUACAUGCUUUACUACCUGGCAAUGAGGUGAAGAAUAUUAGAAACCAGAAGAGGAAAUCCACUAACGAACUGUGUGGAAUCGAUGGUCUUUCCGAUACUGAUAGUCAGUUUAUUGAUAGUCAAUCUAAUGACGACGGUGACGGAAGCAUUUCAGAAUUUGACGAUGAUAGUGAUCAGUUUUUAGCGCCUAAUGAGAAGGACACAGUUGAUCCGAAUUCAGCUGAUCAGUGCUCUCGUGAUCUACCAAAUCGACCAAUAAGCAAAGAGGUUAGCCGUAAUCAUUUUUAAUUUAAGUUUUUUUCAUUAUUUGAUGUCUUAAUGGAAUCUUUUUGUAUAAAAUCCUGACAAUAAAUAAGUAUAAGCAUGACUCAUCAACCGUUUACUUGGUCAUACUUUCCCAGUGUGAACCUGUAAUACUACUCAUUUCCCUAAAUUGAAGUUGGUAUACUAGGGCAUUCGAAAUAUUUGGCGAUUAUAUCCAGUGGUUUACACGAUAACUUUUCACCUCAAAAUAAUUCGAGAGAAUGAUGUAAUCAAAUCAAUUUCUCUAGCGAUUAGAUUUGUAAAUUUCAUUGUAUUAUCUUCAUUCCAGAAAAUUGAUAUUCCCCAUGCUAUUAAUUACUUGCCAUUCUGAUGUGUGGACGAGAACGAUAAUUAUUGACUGUUUGUUUAGUCAGAAUUUUAAUAGUCCAACAGGUAUUAGAUGAGUUAUAUAUUUUCCUAUCGUUAUUAUUAUUAUGGAGAGUUCGGUCUCUUCAUGGUAAAAUGAGUAGUAGCAAUAGUAAUAAAUGUGAUAUCAGUGUUGCUGAUGUUGAUAGCUCAUGAUAUUUUUCCUGUUUCGUCUAUUUAUUUCUAAUCCAUCAUAUCUUGUUCACUCCAAUCGAACAGUUCUUGAUCUGUCACACUUUAUUUCAUAAUAUUCUGCUACAUUUUGUGUCUUUUUCCAACCAGUUCUAUCUUUUUCUACUUUUUCCGCCAGUUUGAUGUGAGGUCUUUUCUUUCCUUCUUUCUCCAGAUAAUGAAAAAUAAAGGCAUUGUAAAAUAUCGACAUAAACGUGAACGUAAUCCUAGAGUGCAUUUACGGCAUAAAUUCCGUAAGGCAACAAUUCGUUACAGAUCACGUGUUGCGCCGGUUCGUAAAGAAGACAAACCAUAUGCUGGUGAAGUUAAAGGAAUACGUGUAAAUUUGAUUAAAUCGCAUAAAUUCAAAAAAUAUUAAUUCACUUUUCAACACAUUCAGUACUUCUUUGUAGUUGAUUUCCUUUCCUUUCUGUGAUCAUUCUGACAUGUUUUUUAUGUGAUUAGCGGUGUUAUAUAUUAAAUAUAUUAGAUUAGGUUUUAUUUGCGAAAGUUGACAGUGAUUACGAAUUACAUACGGUGGAAAGAUAGUUCUUGUUCCAAAUAGAAUCUACUGGAACUAAUAUACUUUACGACAAUUCAACAUUUUCAAUCGACACGGAUAACGGAUAGUUUCGAAGUAUAAUAUGAGGCUUUCCGUCUGUGGGACCUAGGUUGCGUAGUUCUGGGUACCUGUGUGGUACAGUUUGACGACUAAAAGCUCUAGUACUCAUAAGGUUGCUGGUCACCCUUAUUUUACCUCGGGAAUAUGGGUAGAGGUGAUGCCUAGUCGCUAUCAGACAGACUGAUAAUCUUCAACCAUAGUGUGUAGUCGGAUUUGACUAGCGAUUUUAAGUUUAUUAAAGAGCUAGUCUGUUUGAUUUCGCACGUACAGGGUCGCCUUCAAUAAUAAUUUUACGGGUUGUUGUUGGGAGGUUGAAGAUUUGCUUUGUCCUAAUUAAUUCUAAAGUUUCGCUGGUUCAUCCAAAGAUUUUACAGUUAUCAACAUCUGGAUUUUGGAGAAUAUAGAGAAACGAAGGAUUCCCUUGCACACUGCACAGCCGGAAGUCUCUUGUGUUUCAAACAGUGUAUCUUGGUGUCAAGUAGAAAUCCAUAUCCAAAAAGUCUUCCAAGCAUAUCUAGAUCCAACUUAGACUCUAAAUUCAUUAACAAUGUCUUUCGCUUAAAUUUCACGACUCUCGUCUUAAUUUUCAGCUUGAAGUAUGACGGGUGAGGUUUUUCAUCUCAGUUCGGUAUUUUUCUAGGGAUUGAGACUAAGCUCGUUCCAGAAUUCAUAUUUUUAACUUGAUAUAAGCAACUGUCUAUGCUUUUCUCCCCAACUCUCACGACUUGUAGUGGGGUUGCUAGUUUCUCAUUUUCUUGUAAACGUGGUUUAUUCAGUGCCAGACUUUAAAUGAUACCAACAGAAUUAUCAAGACUAUUCGGGUCAACGUGUUCAGAUACAUAAUCUUGAAUUUCGCCGUUAUGGUGGCGUGCUCUGCUUUAUUGAACAUAUUUUAAUUCCGGCAGCAAUCUGUGGAAUGGGAUCUGCCUUUAUUGGGUCUUUUGAUAAUUCUUGAAUUCAUAUGCGGUCUGGUGUACGAAGUGUGACAGGGGGGCCUUCCUCCAUAAUCCAUUUUGCAACAUAUCUUAAGUAAGUUAAACAUGUAUCAGGGCUUUUGAUCCUCCUUGGUUAAGAACUGUUUCACGCACAGUGUUGUUACUGACCAAAACUCUUAUACAGGAUCUGUGAUUGUAAGCUAUUACAUAUUGUCUACCUUUGAAUAAUCUUUUAGUCUUUGACCAUCUAAUAAAGAGACGGUUCAUAAUUUCACAUCUUAAGGUAUCGUACGGUUGUGGGUCCAAAUUAUGAGUUUAUGGAGGUCAUAAAAGAUCGUAUCGGUGAACAACAUCCUUGCAAUAAAUUGAUGGAACGAACGAGAAGGUAUGGAGGAGGUACUACGAAAAAAGCGAAAAACCCAACUAAGUAUGCAAGAGCGGGAUUUUCAAACACCAGUUAUG